AUGAUCAAUGCUAUAGUCCUGACGUAUAUGGGUCUUAAAGGACACCUUCCGGAUACAUUGGGGAAUCUCACCAGCCUGACUCGCCUGUCUUUGGGUUCUAACGCAUUGAUGGGGCCCAUUCCUUCAACGUUUGGCAGCUUGAGCAACCUCCAAAAACUGUCUCUGGGUCAAAACAUGUUGGCAGGGUCCAUUCCUUCGACCUUUGUCAACCUAACCAACCUGUCAUACCUAAGCCUUGGUUUCAAUGUUUAUAUGAACGGCUCCUUUCCGGAGUACAUUGGCAGCCUGGAAAUGCUCGAAGAUUUGGAUAUCUUUGCAACUCGAAUGAAUGGCACCAUUCCAGAUUCGAUUGGCAAGCUUAUAAAAUUAACUGGGUUCCACAUUUCAGGUACCAACUUCUCUGGGCACCUCCCUCCUUCCAUGGGAAGCCUCACCAAUCUCUUUGCCCUGAAGCUGGAUGGCACGUCACUCACAUGCCCGCCAAGUGGUACCAGCUGUGAGGCCCAGCAGAACCUUCACAGUGCCUUCUGCAAGACUUGCCCAGAUUUCUGCUCCACCUGCAUCGCACCGCCUCCAGCACCCCCAUCAGCAGCCAACCCUGCACCUGCGCCCUCUCAAUCGCAAGGGGGUCUGUCCACAGCAGCCAUUGCCGGCAUUGCUGUUGCUGCUGUGGCUGCUCUCCUGCUGGCAGUGCUGGUCGGUGCACUGCUGUGGCGGAGGCACAGCCAGGCAAAGGCAUUCUCGAGGGCUGCCCCUGCAAGCGAGGAGGACAGCAAGGGUGCGACUCCCUUCCCACUUCCGUCAUCUCCUCUCCUCCAAUCCCCUUCGCUUCCAUUUCUUUAUCUCGCGCUCCCUCUCUCACCGCCCCUUUCUUAUCACUCCCCUGUCUCCCUCCCUGUCUCCCAGUUGAUUCUUCCCAACAACUUCAUCUGUCUCAUAUUUCCACAAUUCCAACCGUCCAUUCCCUCCAUCUCCCAUCCGUUCGAUGCGUCCAUCAUCUCCUCCCACUCACCUGUGAGGGAGAUGGCAUCGAAGCACCACCCGAACCUGGUGCGGCUGCUGGGCUACUGCAUCGCGUUUGACCCGGCAACACGCACCAUGGAGCAGGUGCUCGUGUACGAGUUCAUGCCCAACCACGACCUCGACGCCUGGAUCGCACCCGGUGCCGCCACCCCUCUCUCCCUGCGCCAGCGAGUGGACAUCCUGAUCGGCGUGGCCAAGGGGCUGCAGUACCUGCAUGACUUUGGCAUCGUGCAUCGCGACAUCAAGCCCGCCAACAUCCUCCUCAGCGCCACCAUGCAGGCCAAGAUAGCUGAUUUCGGGCUGGUGAAGCUGAGUGGCGGCACGGCGGCGGGCACAACCGUGGCAGCCACACGAGUGAUGGGCACACCGGGCUUUGUGGACCCUGCCUACUGCAAGUCACACAAGGCCACCCCCAUGGCCGAUGUGUACAGCUUUGGGGUGGUGAUGCUGGUGGUGAUCACGGGGCGCAAGGCAGUGCAAGAGGCAGAGGAUGGCCAUGUGAACCUCAAGCAAUGGGUGGAGCCACUGGUGGCAUCCAAUUCAGUCACAGCCUUGAGAGACCCUUCCUUGGACGCCCCGGAUGACAUUCUGCUGCGCCUCGCCCGCCUGGCUCUCUCCUGCACCGCCAUGCCCACGGCCUCGCGCCCCUCCAUGGGCAAGGUGCUGGGGGAGCUGGUGGCGGUGAGGGGGGAGAUAGUGGGCGAGGAGGUGGACAAGGUGGCAUCGCGCAUCGACAGCGAGAUUGACACGUCCAGUGAUCUCGACUUCAAUGCUUCCAUUGCCCGUGCUCACCAGAUUGCCAUGCAGAGCGGCUCCUCUGAUACUGUCUGA